GGCUGGGACGCACGUCACCUCGUCCUCUCGCUGUGUAUCGAGCCCCAUUACGCGAUACUAUAUUUAUAAGAUGCAAUUCCGUUUCUAAAUAUAAUAAGUGGAUUCUAGCUCGACUUAAUUACUCUGUGUUUAUGAUUGUAAAUCUUAGUUUUUGGUGAAAACAAACAUCGCAAAGUGAAAUUAGCGCAGGCGCGAAGACAUGAAUAAAGCGGCCAUCUUGCUCGAGGACGCACUUUCGCCUCGCCCUAGAAGAUUUUAAACAGCCAAAACAUAACAGCGAAGGGAUGGCAUGCGGCCCAGAGAGGAGAAUGUGGACCCUCUGAGAGCGCAGCGCGUCGCGCUAUCGAUCGGACGGAGCGCGAUGGCGCUCGCGAAGUGAAUGCGGAUUUCGGGAUCGCGUUCAUCUCGCGCACGAACAGAGUAUCGGUCUCGCGAGAGUGUCCAAGUGUGCGGGCGGUAUGUGAGGCGGCUCGGGGCGAUAGGGCGGCGGGCCCGGGCGGCCGCGCGCCAUGGGCGACGAGUACGCGCGCUCCCCGUGCGAACGGUUCCCGGCGGGCGGCGCGUUCAGCGUGGCCCCACCGGAGAGGCUCAGCCCGCCGCCGCCCGCGCCGUUGCCGGACCGGUUUUCGGCGUCGCCGCGGCGGGUGCGCCGGAGUGCGGAAGCGGAGCGGGCACGGAGGCCCCGGUACGUGCCUCCGGCGGCCCACGUGCCCGUCGAACGCUACGUGCCCCGGCCGCCGGCACCAGUGCGGGCACCGCCGCCGGUGUAUUGUGGGUUAGCGUGUCGGGCACCGCCGCCUGCCAGCCGCAAGUGCUGUGGGCCGGCAUGUCGCGAAGAUUUGGGAAGCUCGCCGCCGCCGCGAUAUGUGGAGUACGUAGGAGCAGCGGCGGCGCGGCGGUUGGCCUGUACGCCGCCGCCGCCACCGCCGCCAGCGCUACAGCUCUGUGAUCCACAGGAGCCUCCUUGUUGUGCACAAGCGAGGAGAAGAAAUCAACAAACACACGACUGGUGA